AUGAUUGUCACACACGAGAUUCCCGCCAUCCAGACGGUGGACUUCACGGCCAACACCACCUACGGCGACUUUCGCGACGACCUUGUGCGUGACGGUUAUGCUGUGAUCAAGGGGGCAGUCUCAAAGGAGAAGGCUGCACACUACGUGGAUCGCUACCACGACUACCUGGAGGGGUUUGGUCUCGGAUAUGACCGAAAUGAUCCUUCAACCGUCAAGGAGGAACUUCUGCCUGUCAUCAACGAAAAGGGCAUGUUGUUCCACUACAGCGCUAUCCAUGAAGACUUCGUUUGGGGAAUGCGUGCCGAACCAGGUGUCCUCAAGGUCUUUGAGACGAUCUACGAUACAGAAGACCUCCUCGUGUCGUUUGACGCCAUCAACGUUUCGUUCCCCAAUCGCAAGGAUAUCACGCCCAACGUUCCUUGGCCCCACCAGGACCAAGAUCCCGAGCGCCCUGGGUUUCGUUGCGUUCAAGGCUUGUUGAACCUUCUCCCAAACGGCGACGAUGACGGUGGCCUCCUGGUCCUCCCAGGUGCACACAACAUUUCAGUUGAAUUCCACGAGCAGUUCAAGGAUGAGGAGCAACUUUAUCGCUGGACCAACGAAACCUACUUUUUCACGGACGCGGGAAUGAAAUGGCUGGACACCAAGGGCUUCAAGUGGGUCAAGGUUAAUGCCGACCCGGGAGACCUCAUCAUAUUCCUCGUGGAAGGUUAA